GAUGAAUUAGGUCCAGAAGCUUGGACAACCUUCUGGCAUUUUGGAGUAGAUUCCAGUAGAGACAAAUGCAAGGCGUGGAGCAGGUGUAACUAGUGAGAGACUGACCCAUAUAAGAGGAAAAGGAUGGCACAGUGCAGACUGCUGAGAGUGUGCCAUGUUCUAGUGCUGGCGCUGUGUGUGUCUGCUACUGAGGACUUUGACUGGACCAAGAACGAAAAGGGAUCCUUCUACUAUGGAACCUUCCCCACUGGAUUCUCUUGGGGUGCUGGCAGCUCAGCAUAUCAGACAGAGGGAGCAUGGGACAAAGAUGGCAAAGGGAUGAGCAUCUGGGAUGCAUUCUCCCAUAAAAAAGGCAAAAUCUAUCUGAACGACACAGGCGACUCCUCCUGUGACGGCUACUACAAAGUCAAGGAGGACAUCGGGCUAAUGAAGGACAUGAAGCUGAACCACUACCGCUUCUCUAUUUCCUGGCCAAGGAUCCUGCCCAAAGGAAUUAAGUCUGACCAAAUCAAUCAGAAGGGAAUACAGUACUAUGACAACCUCAUCAGUAUGCUGCUGGAGAAUCAGAUCACCCCUAUUGUAACCCUAUAUCACUGGGAUCUGCCCCAGGUUCUAGAGGACAAAUAUGGUGGGUGGCAGAACAGCAGCAUGAUCAAUUUCUUUAAUGACUAUGCCAACCUGUGCUUUGAGAGAUUUGGCAACCGUGUGAAAUAUUGGAUCACGUUCAACAACCCAUGGUCAAUUGCAGUUGAGGGCUAUGAGACUGGUGAACAUGCUCCUGGACUGAAACUGAAAGGCACUGGCGCCUACAAGGCUGCCCACAACAUCAUUAAGGCACAUGCUAAAGUUUGGCACACUUACGACACCCAGUGGCGAAGCAAGCAAAAAGGUAUGGUGGGCAUCUCUCUAUCUGCUGACUGGGGAGAGCCAGUGGACAUCACAAACCAGAGGGACAUUGAAGCAGCAGAUCGAUACAUGCAGUUCUACUUGGGCUGGUUUGCAACACCACUCUUCAAUGGAGACUAUCCUCAAGUGAUGAAAGACUAUGUAGGCAAGAAGAGCGCUCAGCAGGGCCUUGGCAGCUCCCGCUUGCCCACUUUCAACCCGCAGGAGAAGAGCUACAUCAAAGGCACCUGUGACUUCCUGGGCAUCGGCCACUUCACCACUCGCUACAUCACACAAAAGAACUACCCAUCUAUCCGCGGGAACAGUUACUUCACUGACCGGGAUCUGGCUCAGCUAGUGGAUCCACAAUGGCCUGAUCCUGGAUCCGAAUGGCUCUACUCUGUGCCUUGGGGCUUCCGUCGCCUGCUCAACUUUGUGAAGACCCAGUACGGAAACCCUAUGAUUUAUGUGACAGAAAAUGGCGUGUCAGAGAAGAUGAUGUGCACAGAUCUGUGUGAUGAAUGGAGAAUGCAGUACUUCAAGGAUUAUAUCAAUGAAAUGCUCAAAGCGGUUAACGACGGCGUAAAUGUGAAAGGAUACACUGCGUGGUCCCUGCUUGACAAGUUUGAAUGGGACGAGGGCUACUCUGAAAGAUUUGGCCUGUACUACGUGGACUUCAGGAGCAAAAAUAAACCACGUUACCCAAAAGCCUCUGUUCAGUACUACAAACGCAUCAUCAGCUCCAACGGCUUUCCCAAUCAGAGAGAGAUUGAGAGCUGGAAAAGGAAGGCAACAGAAACAUGCACCUCCAGUAAUCAGCUGCUAGCAGCAGCUAGAAGAAAAUCCAAGGAAAAUAAGGAACAUGCAGAAAUGCCAAAGGUUUGGCCAGUGCAUGAUGAAGUUUAG